AUGGCUCCCAGCACUAUUGAGGAUGUUUGUAUCCAUGCUCGUUAUGGACAAUCAGCUAAAAUUCGAAAAGCUAUAAAGCAAGGCAUUGAUAUAAACACACUUAAUAUAUUCGGCGAAUCGCCUCUUGCUUGUGCAUUACUCCAUAAACAAAUGAUAUGUGUUGAAUUUUUGUUGGCUAAUGGUGCUGACCCAAAUUUACGUUUAGCUGGGGGUUAUACAGCCGUGCACAUUGCCUGUCGAUUAGGAAAGUUGUCGGUUUUAAAACUUUUAAUACAAAAACAAGGUGAUCUAUUUCUUCGAGAUGAUGCCGGUUUGACUCCAAUUAGUUAUUGGGCAUAUUCACAAUAUUCCAUAAAUCGUCGACAAAAAACAUUAGCCUAUAUAGAUUACUUAUAUCCCUCAGCAUUAAACGAACUAUAUAUUGAUAGACCUUUGGUUAAACAAAUAAGAACGCCCGUUGUUAAAACAGACGUAUAUGAUCGUCCAAGCAUCGAUGUAACUCGUCGAUUCGAUGUACCAACAUCGCCUAAAAGUGCUCGUUCUCCACCGUUAACAAAUGUUUCGAGUGAUCUUACUUGUAUCUAUCCAUGUGAUAUAUCAGAUUUGACUCCCGUUCAAGGAUCAAUUCAUUAUCGUGUUAGUCAAUAUUGUCAUGUUCGUGUUAUGCUAUUAAACUAUCAAAAAGUAACGUGUAAAUGUAUCGAUGAACAAUUAAGACGAGUUACCCGAUAUUCAUCGUCGUAUAAUGAUUUAUUACGCAAUGAACUUGAAAAUAUUCGUCGGGUACAAAAUUUUGACAAUAUAAUUAAAUGUGUGUCUGUUCUUUAUAAUGAGCGAAUACCAUCCAUUAUUGAUUACUUAAUAUUCGAACCAAUUUAUCGUGAGUCAUUAUAUUGUGUUUUACAUAAACAACAUAAAUAUCCAAAAGUACGAACAAUCUCAGAGAUUUUACAUGCAAUACUGAGUGCUGUUCAGUAUUUACAUGAUGAAAGAAUUUUACAUUUGAAUAUAACGUCACAUGCAGUCUAUUUUACAAGAUAUAAACAAGUCAAAUUGGGAAAUUUUGAAUAUGCUGUAACUUGGAUAUCUAAUCCACUUAAUCAAGAAUUACGUGAUAUACAUGAUGCUCUUGCACCCAAUUUCUAUUAUGAGUGGUUAGCACCGGAAUUAUUUGGAAAUACCUACGAUAAUAUUCGUCCAACAAAUAAAUGUGAUAUUUAUUCAAUCGGUGUUCUACUAUGGGAAUUAGUUCAACGGAAAUUACCAUUCAAAGGUUAUUCAAAAGAGCAGUUAUGUGAUUUUUAUCGUAACGAAUAUCAGGAAGGUGAUCCUUCAUUGACACUACCAACAAAUAAAUAUGCUGUACCAGCUGUUUUUUAUAAAUUUUUACAAUCAACAUUGUGUUUGAGUCCAUCAAAACGUUCGGACAUCGAUGAUUUAGUGAAAUUAUGUAAUGAUUGGCCACUGGCAAUGAGAUAUAAAUCUGUUUCGUUGGAUCCUUUACAGAAACGAUCGACUUCCAAUAGUGCACGUGUGACAUCAGUUAUUCCCACACAAUCAUCACAGAGUGUUCUAAAUCUUUUGCGAGAUCCACACAGAAGCUUAAACCCGUUACAACAUGUUGUAACGAACCAACAACAGCAAAUAAAUUUCGAUACUUUAUGUGAAUCACAAAAACGGUUAAUUCUUGGGGAUAAUGAAGACGAAGAUGAGAAUGUUAUUGAAGACGAUGUUGAAGUAUAUGUUAAAUCCUACGGUCGACCAGUUGCUAAAACAACGCCUUAUUCACGAUAUUUAACUAAUUAUAAAUUAGAUAGUCCACAAGCGUUUCCUGAUACAGCUGUUGAUCAAAAACGUCUUAUUGAAGAAGGAAAUGAAACGAACUCAUUUAUACCAGAUAAUAAUUUUAGUAAUCAAACAAAUUUUACGAGUGAUAAUACAUAUGCCGAUGAAGAUGAAGAGGACAAUGAAAAUAGUUAUAGCUCAUCAUCUUCCGCAGACGAUGAUGGUGAACUUGAGACUGACGAUUACAUUGAUCAUCAUCCUUAUCGUCUAUCUUCGACACACAGUCUGCCAUAUGAUGACAAUUUUGGGAAUAAGCAUAACCAAGAUGAUGUUGAAGCGUUUGGGCCAUAUAGAAGAGAUUUCGGUAAUGAUGCGUUGAAUGCGUGUGUACCUCACAGUUUAGCCUCAUAUAAUCAACAAUCAAUAUAUAGGAGUAGUACUCCUAAACGAAAAACAUAA